GGCGUCUGACGAAUAAAAAUAGCUACACCCGAGGUUAUAUCCACUUAUCUCGUGACAUUUGGAUUAUUUUAAUCAAUUCGUUUUCGGUGAUGUGUCAAAACCGGCCCUAAUGCGAGAUGGAAUAUAUUUUCACCAUGUUUGAAACGUAAACAUUCGAUAAGAAAGAAUUAGACACUCGAAAAUGGGAUCACUUUUGAGACGCAGUUUACAUCUGGCAGUGAACAAGAUAUUGAGAGUACAUAAGCCAUUGGCAUUGAAGAGGCUCCAACAGACUCAUGCUGCAUUGAGUUCGAUUAAUGAGACACAGCAGCCACCAACCAACAAUGUGAUCCCAAUAUUCAGAAACGCCAUCAGAUUCGGCGAUAAAACAGCUUUGAGAGAUCUCCAGGGUGACUACACAUAUCGUGGCCUGUUCCUGAGUUCCAGACAGUUUUCUAAUGAAUUGUCUAAGAUUCUCGAUGGAAAACAACAAGAGAGGGUUGCUUUUCUGCUCCCUAAUGACGCGAGAUAUGUUAUCGUACAAUGGGCAUGCUGGAUGAGUGGACAAAUCGCUGUACCAUUGAAUGCAACAAGUCCCCCAUCGGUUCUGAAUUAUUACCUCAAAGAUUCUAAUGCUAAAGUCAUAAUAACAACAUCAGAACAUGUACCGGUGCUUGAGCCCCUCGUAAAAGGAACUGACUGUCGUCUGGUGGUAUUUGAGGAUGCCCUGAGGGCACUCGCAAUGAAGCCCGAUGGAAAAUCAGCCAACAACAAGAGCUACGAGAAGUAUGAAUAUGACUUUGGUGACUCCGAGGAGACACCUCUCAAGGAUGAGUUCUAUAAUGACUCAAAUGCCAUGUUUGUUUACACAUCGGGAACGACAGGGGUGCCUAAGGGAGUUGUAAUGAGCCACAGAAAUCUCCAGUCACAGAUGAAUGCAUUGAUCACAGCCUGGAAGUGGUCAGAGAAGGACAUUGUUCUUCACACUCUGCCACUCAAUCAUGUUCAUGGUAUCGUUAACGUUCUCAUGUGUCCAUUGUACGUGGGAGCGAGGUGUGUCAUGUUACCGAAAUUUGAGACGUCUAAUGUGUGGACUCACUUGCUGGGUAUCAAUCUACAGAAUUCUGAGAGAUGCAACAUGUUUAUGGCUGUGCCCACUAUUUAUAUGAAAUUAAUUCACGAGUACGAACAACUUUUCAGCAAAAAUGCCAAAAUGAAGGAGUACGUGCAGACUGUGUGCAGCACCAAAAUCAGAUUGAUGGUCAGUGGAUCUGCACCACUUCCAAAGCCCAUCUUCGACAAGUGGGAAGAAAUUACGGGACACCGUUUGUUGGAAAGGUAUGGCAUGACCGAGACUGGUAUGGUGCUCUCCAAUCCUCUCGAAGGUCAACGUAUUCCAGGGACCGUUGGAACACCGUUGCCAGGUGUUCACGUAAGAAUAACCAAAGAAGAGGGUGGAAGGACACCAGAAGUUUUGGUUGAGGGCUCGUGGGCUGGUACCAAGGUUAUUGGUCAUCGCAAGAGCCCUAUUGUGGGAGAUUUGCAAGUCAAGGGGGAAAGUGUGUUUCGGGAGUACUGGAAAAAACCCGAGGCAACAGCUAAAGAAUUCACGAAGGAUGGCUGGUUCAAAACUGGAGAUACUGCACAGUAUGAUAAAGAUGUAUACAGUAUCCUGGGUCGUAGCUCUGUAGAUAUUAUAAAAACUGGUGGCUACAAGGUCAGUGCCCUGCAAGUGGAAACGGCAAUUCUCGGUCAUCCCGAUAUCAUUGACUGCGCAGUUGUCGGACUGCCAGACAUCACGUGGGGAGAAAAAGUGGCGGCCGUUGUAGUGGCCCGUGAAGGAGCGGAAAUAAUUCUAUCGCAACUCCGUGAAUUUGGUAAGAAAUCAUUACCUGAGUAUGCCGUUCCCACGGUACUGAAGGUAGUCGACAAGAUUCCAAAGAACAGCAUGGGCAAGGUGAACAAGCCCGAUCUCCUCGCGGCAGUUUUCCCAAAAAAUCAAAUAUAAUAAAAGAACAUCUCCGCAAUUCCCACUCCCUUCAUUUUUUUUGUACUAGUACAAUAAUCUUAUUGAGAGCUGGAACAUUGAUCUGGAAUAAGUAUGAUUAUUUAUUUUUUCUUCGAACUCAUGAAAAGAUAUCAAUGCAAAUUUUAUAUUAAAAAAAAUCGAAAUUCUAUUCUUUCUUUCUUUGUUGUUGUUAAAGUUACCUUUUCAUUUUUAGUGUGAAUCCUAAUUUUUAUUUUUAUUUUUCAUUUAUUUUUACAUAGCGACUUAAGUUGAUAUGUUGUCGAAUUUAGCGACUUGUAUGGAGGGAAAUGAAAAUAAUAAUUCUGUUUUAUCACUAAAA